UUAUGAGCCAAAUGGAGUGGAGGGAUACAGUGAUAACAUAAUAAGAUCCGUAAGUUUUGCUCUGUCAUUGGCAUGGUCUCUAGGUGUCUACACUUCACCUAUAAUUGCAGCUGUCUUAUACCGAAGGGGUUAUGUCACGUUUGAAGGAGUGUACGCGUUGACAAGGCUGGCAGGUGUCAUAUGCGUGGUCAUGGUUGGCACCAUUUGUUUGAGAGGCAUUGGACGUAUUGCCAGUUCAGACUAUGGCCAGUUCUUGCGAGCUCUCCAGGCCGCUCAGCAAAAUCUGAGCAAGGAGUCAAAGGCUGAGCUAGCCAAAUAUGACAGUGAGUUCUAUGCCUGGCCCAUUGACUUUCGUUGGAAUGACCCACUUGUGGACAAGAGCAAACCUCGUGUUGAAGUAGAACGCCAGCCUUCAAACCAAGGAAGCUUUUUUGCAAGCUUGCGGGCUUUGCCAUGUGAAAUACUGAGCUACAUUGCAGUGCACACUUUUGGUCGAAGGAUGAUGUAUCCUGGAACAGUCAAACUUCUGCAGGCUGCAGUUGCACCUAUGCUUGUUCAAGGGAGAGCAAGGCUGAUUGAAGAGCAUAAUGCCAUGCGUCACAAGUUGCUCACUCAAGAUGGAAAUGAAAUUGACUCCGUGUUUGUGGACAGAAGGAAUUCCACGAUCUAUGCAAACGGCAACAUUCUGGUUGUGUGCUGCGAGGGCAAUGCAGGCUUUUACGAGUAUGGCAUUGCAACAACUCCCAUUGAGGCUGGGUACUCUGUGCUGGGCUGGAACCAUCCUGGCUUUGCGGGGAGCACUGGAGUACCUUUUCCAGACCAGGAAAAAAAUGCUGUGGAUGUUGUGAUGCAGUUUGCCAUACACCGGCUGGGCUUUGCCCCUGAGAACAUCAUUGUGUAUGCAUGGUCAAUAGGUGCUUAUUGUGCCACCUGGGCAGCCAUGAACUACCCUGACAUCAAGGGACUGAUACUGGAUGCUACCUUUGACGAUGUUCUUCCCCUGGCUGCAUCCAAGAUGCCUCCUAGCUGGGAGCCUAUCGUAAAGCGAACCAUCAGAGGGUACCUGAACUUGAACAAUCUGGAGCAACUGAACAGAUUUGGAGGCCCUGUUCUUAUGUACAGACGAACACGGGACGAAAUCAUUUCAACACAGGAGUCUGCACAAAUCGUGAGCAACCGUGGAAAUGACCUGCUAAUUGGUUUUCUGAAACACCGAUUCCCAAGGCUUGUGACAGAAGAGACUCUUUGGGCACUUCGAGACUGGCUUUCAGGAGACAGGGGUCACCAAA